UGGCAGUUUUCUGGGGGAUACUUUUGAGCAUUGCACCAUUUUGCACGCUGCGGUGGAAGGAAAACAGAUGAAACAUGCCUACAGAUACGAAACGUGUGAGAGGCCCAGAGCUUUCCCAGAGCCCGUCUGUGUUUCAGCGCAAACCUCAAGCCGCUGAGAGGCUCCCCUUACAAGGGACAAGAGAGGACGGCCGUCAGCGGGACCAGGUUGACGUUCGGCCUGUCUUUGUCCGCUGUGGGCUGGUCAGUCAAGCCAAAGGCUCCGCGUACAUGGAGGCUGGAAAUACUAAGGUGAUAUGCUGCGUUUAUGGCCCAAGAGAGACAGAGCGCAAAGAUGAAACUGAUAUGAAAUGUGGAAGGUUGACAGCAGACAUGCGCUUUGCUCCGUUCUCCUGUCCUGAAAGGGGCUCGUGGAUCCAGGGCAGUCAGGACAAGGACUUCUCUUUGAUGGUUCUUGAGAGUCUACAGCCCGCUGUGUGCCUUCACAAGUAUCCCCGCUCACAGAUCGAGGUUAAUGUAAUGGUUCUGGAGAACAGUGGGUCAGUUUUGGGGCAUGCUGUCACGUGUGCAUCUCUGGCUCUCGCAGAUGCAGGGAUUGAGAUGUACGACCUUGUUCUUGGUUGUUCUAUGCGUCAGGAUGGGAAUUCUUUCGUGGUGGACCCUACAUAUUUGGAGGAAAAUCAUGGUGGUUCAGCAGGUCAGGAUAAUCAAGGUGGCCUCACUGUUGCCUUCCUCCCCAGCCUGAAUCAGAUCUCUGGACUGCAGUCUGACGGAGAAAUGACUGAACAGACUUUGACAGCUGGGGUUCGCACCUGCAUUGAGGGAUGCUAUAAAUUGUAUCCUGUUAUCCAGCAAGCUCUGACCAAAGCAGUGCGCCAGGCUGCUCCACCACCUCCUGAGAGCUGAUUGUGGAUUUUAUAAAAUUCUGUUUGUUUUUCUACUGUGAAGGCAUUCAAAUGUUUUGUGAAACGUAUAUUUUACAACACCAUAAUUGGCAUAACACUCACAUCCACUUUUAUUACAUUAUAAUUACAUACAAAAUAACUACAAUAAGAGUUAACCAUUUAUGUACAUUAAUUCUGUUAUUCUUGCUUUCUUUUUCUAUACAAUGAUCAUUCAUCAAGUUCUCAUACAUCCCUCUAUCUGACUCAUGGUCUGGCAGUAAGAUUAGCUGGUUUUAAUAAAUAUACAUUUUCAAUGUAAAUACAUAAUGAUCUUUAAGAACAUUGUUUUGCAAUACAGAAAAUAGCUUACACAAACAUACAAAUUUUGAAGAGGCAUUUACAACAUUAGGGCUAUCUCAAUAAAGACUAAAAAUCUUGCAUUUUUGUACAGCUAAUUGGUAAAACUGCAGCUCAUGUCAUCUCAUAUAGUUUCCUAUAAUCUGCCCUGCCCAUAAAUAAAUCCUGUUGGCUAAAAUGUAUAUAUUUAAAAUAAACAUACAAAAUUAUGUACAAAACCAAAAAAAAUAAUUGACUAACUCCAUAAUAAAAUACAGUUUUUUGCAAUUGUGCAAACAAAACAAAAAUAUAAGGCUUUAUGUCUUCUAUCAACAGAAGUUGUAAACGUUAAAGAUUCAACAACAGCAAAGACAGAUCAACCAACUGGAAGAUAACGGGUCAAUGUAAAAAAAAUGGUGUCCAAACGUUCUAAAUGAGUUUCUUUGUAUAUGCUUCAGUUGACCAUGCUAGGAAGAAAAACACUGACGCCUUCCUCAUUAUUUUUGUUGAGUGUCGUCCACCCCGUCUCCUCCCUCCUUGCUCUCUGCUUCCAUGUGCUGCCCGUCUUGAUGACUUUGUGGGUUGUGGGACAGCAGAGAGGCCAUGUUCAGACGAGAAGCACAGCUGCUAGAAAGGGGUGAUGGGGUGUCUAUGUCUCUAUCAACAGCAGAGCUGAAGGUAGGCGAUGGAGUGGGGUUGGUGGAGGCUAUGGAUGGCUAGAAUAAAAGGAGACAGCAUAACUUCCUUCUCUGUGACCUCUGUGAUAAUGUCUAAUGUCUUACCUGUAAU